AGACAUCUUCCCAAGUGAUAAGAGUAAUAGCAGACACAUUUCUCUGAUCCUUCACCGAUCAAAUGGCCACCGUAAUCGACGGCAAGGUCGUUGCGCAAACCAUCCGAUCUGAAAUCGCCGACGAGGUGCGCCUCCUCUCUGAAAAAUACGGCAAGGUUCCAGGAUUAGCAGUGGUGAUAGUAGGGAACAGGAAGGAUUCACAAAGCUAUGUGGGAAUGAAGAGAAAGGCGUGCGCUGAAUUGGGAAUCAAGUCCUUCGAUGUGGACCUUCCAGAGCAAAUAUCUCAAGCUGAGCUAAUAAAGCAAGUUCAUGAGUUGAAUGCUAACACUGAUGUUCAUGGUAUUUUGGUUCAGCUUCCGUUGCCUAAGCACAUAAAUGAAGAGAAAGUUCUGUCUGAAAUUAGCCUCGAGAAGGAUGUGGAUGGCUUUCAUCCGUUGAACAUUGGCAAGCUUGCAAUGAAAGGCAGAGACCCCCUGUUCCUUCCAUGCACUCCCAAGGCAUGCCUUGAACUAUUACAACGAAGUGGUGUAACAAUAAAGGGAAAAAAGGCAGUUGUGGUUGGCAGAAGCAACAUAGUUGGAUUACCAGCUUCAUUGCUGCUUUUGAAAGCAGAUGCUACAGUUACUAUUGUACAUUCACACACAAGUCAACCAGAAAAUAUCAUACGUGAAGCGGAUAUUGUUAUUGCAGCAGCUGGACAGCCAAAGAUGAUCAAAGGAAGUUGGAUCAAACCUGGAGCGGCAGUCAUAGAUGUUGGCACAAAUGCUGUUGAUGACCCAACGAGGAAGUCUGGUUACAGGCUUGUUGGAGAUGUAGAUUUUGAGGAAGCAUCUAAAACUGCAGGUUGGAUUACUCCUGUUCCUGGUGGUGUAGGUCCAAUGACGGUCACAAUGUUGUUGAAGAAUACUUUGGAGGGAGCUAAGCGCUAUAUUGAGCAAAAUAAUUGAUCUUUUUUGACUUUGAAUAAGGUAUUUCCUCUUAGUUGAAAUUUCUUUGAGAAUCGGUUUUACUCAAAGUGUGGUUUAAGGUUGACCAAUGUAUGGUAUUUUGUAACACAAGGAUCGGUCUUCAAAAUGGAAAAGUAGGAUUGGUUCAAGCAAAACUAUAUAUUUGCCUUUUCAAUAUCUUCCGUUUCCGCCCGUGUCUGUCCCUCUGGCUUAUAUCCCCGACUGUCCUCACAUUGUACAAUUUUUCAGAAGAAAUUUUGAUGUGGGUAUUGAGCAUGUUUUAGUUUCUUUA